AUGGAAGCUGGCGCCGCGCGGGGGGCCCGAGGCGCGGACGCGUCGCUGUUGGGGGGGCUGGCGACGGGGGCGCCAACGCUGGCAGCGCGGGGCGGCGCUGGAGGACGUCCCGGCGACGUCGUGCCCGACGAGCCCCGGGCGGGCCGCGGCGAGGGGCUCCCCGGCGGGGCCUGGCCCGCGCCCGAGGGUCCCGAGGACCUCGGCUGGGGGCCCACCGUACGUGCAGAGCGCGGCAGGGCCCGAGAUGUGGAGACCUGCUCGCAAACAGCCGGGGUCCGGCACUGCGCCAUCCUGGGCUAUUCCAAGGGCCAGCGCGACGCCGCCUUCUCGCGGCGCACCUUCUCGCUGGACUUCUGGCUCGCCUGCGCGGCCGCCUCCUGGACCGUGGCCCUCUCGCUGCCGGUGCUCGUCUGGCCGUGGGGGGACGCCCUGGCGGGCUCGGGCUUCCGGAUGGCGGGUUUCGGCUCCACUUCGGAGUACCUGUAUUCUGUCUACUGGAAUCUGGGCAGCACCAUGAAGCUCACCAUCCAGGGGGUCCUGGGGACUCUUACGUCUCCCCGACCAUUGCCGACGUGA